GUCUCCAACAUCCCAAAACUAUCAGAAUAUAUUCAAGAUGUCGACGGACCCCAAGAUUCAGGAGCUUCUCAGCAAGUCGCGCAAUGAACUCACUGAGUACGAGAUUGCCCAGCUAGAAGAACACGAGUUCUCUGCCGGCCCUCUAUCUAUCCUUCAGACGGCCGUUCGAUCGCACGUGCAAGUGCUCAUCUCCAUCCGCAACAACCGUAAGCUCCUUGCGCGUGUCAAAGCCUUCGAUCGCCAUUGCAAUAUGGUGCUGGAGAAUGUAAAGGAGAUGUGGACAGAGACCCCUCGGUUAGCAAACGGGAAGAAGGGUCGCCCAGUGAACAAGGAUCGAUUCAUCAGCAAGAUGUUCCUACGAGGCGAUAGCGUCAUUCUGGUUCUUCUCAGCUAAUAAUUAUUACGGUCAUGGUUUUGGGGCGGUGUGAGCUCGAAUUUAAGAAUGGGAUGUUUGUAUGUCUUACGGGCAAGACUCACAGGGACUCCAUAGGCGUUGAAAACAUGUUGAUUUUCGCAUACCAUAUUUGUUCAUUAC